AGCUUCCCUGAAUCAGCGGCGAAGCUGUGGUGGGACUCCACGGAGAUGCAGCUGUCCUUGACUCAACCACGUUCCUGGACACUGCUCCUACUCCUGGUGUCCAACCAGCUUCUGUGGGAGAACGUGGCAUCAGUACCCAUGUGCGCAAUGAGGAAUGGCCGCUGCUUUAAUUCCUUGGGAGACAUGUUUGAUGUAGCAGGCAGUCAGUCUCAUGAAAUCAGCCAAAAAGUUUCAGAAAUGCUCACUGAAUUUAAAAACCACUAUGCUGAAGCCCACAGUUUCAAUGACACAGUCCUCAGCCACUGCCACACUUCUUCCCUCUCCAUUCCAGAAAGCGAAGCCACGAAAAAACAAUUUGGCUUCUUGCUGAAUCGGGUGGGCACUCUUUUGAAUGCCUGGGAAGAACCUCUGCGAAACUUGAAUGAAGAACUAUCUACCUUGAAAGGCAUCCCUGCUGGUGUUAUCUCCAAAGUCAAAGACAUCAAGGAAAAGAGCUCAGGACAGCUGGUUGGCAUCAAAACCCUUCUCAACGUGCUUUACCCUAGAAAUGCAGAAGCUGUGAACUUCCCUACCUUGCCUGAAGUGGCAUCACCGAAGUCAGCAAAGGAAGAUGUUCGCAUUUUGGGUUAUUAUAACAAGCUCAGCUGCCUAGAUGGUGACUAUAAGAAGAUUGACAUUUAUCUCAACGUCAUAAAGUGCAAGAAUUUAAAAAUGAGCAAUUGCUAAGCCUUCUUCCAUCUGAUCUGCUUCUGAAAUAUGUAGCAUCCUAUAAACGUUUUAUCUUUUGAAUUUUGUUAUCGUUGUCUCAUUUAAAAAUAAUAAGUGGCAAUUUCACUUGCACCAGCCUAGCCCAUAAAACACCCAUAUCAAGACAUCUCUAUUUAGUACGUAUCCCUCCAACUAACCCUUAACCUGACCCUCAAAUUACCAUCUCCACCUGCCCCUCUAAUCUGCAAGAAUGAUCACAGCCAAGACUCUGAGCAAUAGAGGGUAGGUAGCUUGAAUUUGCCCUCUCUGGAAAUCAGAUUGGUGACUAUCCCAAUUGUGAUGGGGGAACCAGUGAUUGAUAGAAACAGUUGCACAGAUCCAUAGCCAAGCACUGAGCCCUGUGUUAGGAAAUCCUGUUGAAGAGGGGAAGGAAGUAUUGUAAGAGUCAUGGGGAUCAAGUCCAUCACAAGAGAAUCCACAGAAGCAGCUAUCCUGGUCUCAAAGCUCACAGUCUGGAUUAUCCUGCAUGAAAUCAACCU